AUGGAGAAUGGUGAGGCGUUACGUCUUGAUCAUAAUCUGUCUCCUUUGCUCAGCAACAAUUCUGAAGCAAAUUAUGCAUACGUAUUAUUUAAAAUAUUUAUGGGUCUGUUCGAAGUUCAUAUGAUGAAUUCGUUCGAAACCCUUAUGGAAACUGUAUUGAACUUGUUUGGAAUCCUUAAGCAAACUAUGUUGUUUUAUUACGUUGCUGUUCAUUUACCGAACAGUCCUAUGAGUAAAGAGGAUUAUGAUCCAACAAUAGAUGAAAGUUAUGCACAAACGCGCAGCGAUCGCAUUCGCGCUGCAAUGUUCCCCGAUUUGUAUCCUGUUAAAACAAGUGAUAUGGCAUCAUUACCAUAUCGUUCAACAAUUGUUGCGAAAUUAGCUGAGCCAAGCCAACUGCUAACAACCGCUGUUGUAGAAUUGCUCAGUCUUCAAGAUGAAACAGAAUUAACGACAAAAGCAAUUCCUGAACUUGUAAAAUUACUUGCGGAUAAAGAUGAGGACUUCACAGCUUGUUUGUUCAACCUUCGAAGAGUUAGCUGUCCACCAUGCGGUCAGGCCUUUUCGCGGAAAAGCGCAGCUUUUGCUGCAUUAAAUCGACUUCCUAAUCUUACUUCUGAUACAGUGAUUAUGCGAGCUGUUCAUAUGGUGCAUAUGUUAUCGCGUGAAAGCAAAGCCGUGAAUGCAAUAGCUUCAAAUCCAACUCUUAUAAAUGCUUUAUGCGGUGUUACUCGAUUGGAAAAUGAUGCUAUACGAAGAGAUGCACUCGGUGCUCUUUCACAUAUUUCGGAGCAUGCAGAAGGACGUAUGCUAAUAUUCCGUUCUGGCGGUAUUCCGGAGUUGGUUCGAAUGCUUGGAACCCCAUUAGAUGCUGUUCGUCAUUAUGCCAUCACCACGCUUCAUAACUUGCUUCUUUUCAUGGAUUAUGCAAAAGAAGAAGCAAGGGCAUGUGGGGGUUUGGAAGCAAUGACGCCGCUCCUCCGGGAAAAUAAUUCACGUUUCUUAGCACUUCUGACAGAUUCACUCUACCUUUUAUUACUGGAUAACCCACAAAGCAAGCUCUCAUUCCUUUCCUUAAGUGGUCCAUCAUCAUUAAUCGAUCUUUUGGACACACAUCGUCAUUAUCCAAAGCUUGUUUAUACUGCGGUGCGCUGCAUUCGGGCACUUUCAGUAUGUCCACAAAACAAAACCGCUCUCAUUUCUCUCGGGGUACUCAAUAUUUUGGGUGAUUUCAUCGAUAACGUCGAUGACAGAACCCAGUUUGCUAUUCUAUGUGCUAUUCGCAAUUUGUCAGAUGCGGCAACGAAUGAAAGUAGCUUAGGACCUCUGAUUAUCAGUUUAAUUCAUGUUGUUGCAACAGGUGAAGAAUCAACAAGUGCAUGUGCUGCUGGCAUUCUAUCAAAUUUGACAUGUAACAAUAUCCGUAACAAGCAAACCUUAUGUUUCAAUAGGGGAAUGGAUGCAUUAUGUAGUGCGCUUGAACGGUUUUCGACAGUUGAGGAAGUCACAGAGCCAACGCUUUGCGCAUUGAGGCACUGUACUGCUCGACAUCCAUUGGCUUCACAGGCACAAAGUGAUAUCCGCUUAUCACAAACUUUGCCUGUCAUUUUAGAGUUAAUUUCAUCGAUGCGAGCACCAGUUGUCAAGGCAGCCCUCGGACUUGUUCGAAAUCUUGCACUCCUUCCUGCUAACUUACAUCCCCUGACCCAUGAAAAAACAUCAAAAGGAGAAUCGGUGGUUACGCUAGCGGUGGAUGUUUUGGGGCGAGCUGGAACUCAGCUCCGUCAAGAUCCAGAUGCAUUAGCGGAUGGUGUGGCAAUGCGUGAAUUGGUUGAAGGUGCUGUAUCAGCGUUGCAUCAGCUCGGAAAUGAUCCUCAGUCAGCCGAUCUCAUGCUUCGCGAUCAUCCAUUCGUUGAUAUGCUCAUAAAACUGCUUUCAUGGGAAGAAAUAUAUGCAAACGAUGAUGAGUUGCUACAGCGUGAACUUUUGGGACUUCUCUAUCAACUCUCAAAGACUCCAGAAGGAGCACGGCAACUAGAUAUGUAUGGACCAACUCCUAUACUCGCAGAUGCAUUACAUUCCAAGCAUAGGGCAAUUUGUAGGUUUCUUUCGGAAUUAUAA